AUGUUCUCCAAAUACCCAGUUUUUGCUCACUCGUACUUCAACCGUGCUGCAAAAUGCUUGCUCUCCUGUGCACCUCUGGAAGGCUUAGACCCCGCGCAAGAAGGCGAGGAAACCAUCACAGAAAUGCAAACUCUACUGGAGACACUGUAUCUGAAUAUCUCAGCUUGUCUUAUUAAGGAACACCGGUACGAUGAGGUGCUCCAGAUCUUACAAUUCAUAGCUCUUCAGGAGAAGCCUUCGGAAAAAGCGAUCUACCGCAUGGCAGUAGCUCAGUUCCAGGUAAAACAAUACCCGGAAGCGAUCAAAACUCUUGAAAGAAUCAAUUACGCUACCAGUAGGGAUUGCGCAGCACUGUACCAGCAGAUCAAAACCACGUGGCAGCAGGAGCAGAAUCAGUAUAACAACAUGGUGAAGAAAAUGUUUGGCUGA